CUGACUAUAUUGGCAACCCUUCCAAUGGCGUUUCACAUUGUAUCCGUUGUUUUUAUCGGUUUUACACCUGAACACAAGUGUUCUGUAGAACUGCCAGACGUAACACUUGGUGAAGACAAUCACAGCAUUAAUGACGUCAUCAAUGUGACUGCCGACACAUGUAGUAUCCUCUUGCAGCGGAAUGUUAACGGGAAUUUAGUGACAGAAGAAACAGGCUGUUUGUAUGGAGUCAAUUACACAUUCCCAAAAACGUCCACGUUUGUAUCAGAGUGGGACCUUGUAUGUGAAAGGGACACGAUUGGUCGAUUGUCCCAGUCUCUCGUUAAUGGUGGGAUGUUUCUUGGGGCCCUGGCCGCACCACUGGCCGAUAAAUUCGGGAGAAAGCCAGUUCACGUGGCCUUCAACAUCGGCUUACUGGCAGUCACCUUCACAAUGGCGUUUGUAAAGAAUAUUACCGCAUUUCUUGUACUGCGCUUCUUUGUUGGAACCUUUCAGCAAUUUAUGUUAUGGUAUACAAUGUAUAUUUGUGUAUACAAUGUAUAUUUGUGUAUACAAUGGUUAUGUUGUGGUAUACAGGGAAUGCUGAUUACAGUAGUGACAUUCUGGCUGGAAUUAUUUCACAUUGAUUCUCGUGAGGACGUGGGAAUUGUAAACGGCUUCAUGUGGUCGAGCUCCGUCAACGUUCUUACUCUCGUUGCUUUUUUGCUUCGAAACUACGACUGGAGAAUCCUUCAACUAGCAUUGUCUGUUUUCUCAGUUUUCAGCCUGGUAGAAAUUUUGGUAGCCAACAACCUCACGUACUACGGGAUUGUGAUGAUGACUCCCAGUUUCGCUGUUGGUCGCUACCUCGGUUUCUUCCUCGGAAGCAGUGUGGCACUACUUCUCACUAUCAUAACAAUCCACUUUGACAGUGAUGUUGUCCGGAUUGUUGAGGUGGUGCUGUUUGCCGUCGGUCGGGGAGCGAUAUCAAACUCAUUUAGUGCUAUCUACCUGUACACUCCGGAACUUUUCCCCACAAACCUCAGGAACGCAGGUCUCGGUGUAGCAUCGGCCGCUGGCAGACUAUCUGGCAUCAUAGCACCAUUCUGCGUCUAUAUGAUGGAAGUGGCUCUAUGGUUGCCAUCGUUACUAUUCGGUUCAUUAUGCCUGACAUUCUGUUUCCUGAUCCGGUGUCUUCCGGAAACGAAAGGGAGAGAACUACCACAGAAGAUUGAGGAAAUCUGGGAAUGGUACAAUCAUGACCACCACAGACAAGCCAUUGAUACAAAUACGGUUGAUCACGAAGUAUUUACUACUUCACCUUUACAACAAACAUGAACAUUUCAAAAA